CCAGUUGCGCGUGGUUAGACCAUGUAUGAUUGGAUUGCGAACUCCUCAGGGAUUUCUGAGAAUAAUAUAACAAAUACAAGUUGUAAAAAUUUAAGUAGAUUUUGGAAGUAACAAUCUGUUUGCAAUCUGUUAAAUACAGUACCAAUAAAAUUUGUAAAUAUGGGACCGCCAACUAAACCUUUAUCUAAAAGCUGGAACACAUACAAUCGAGAAUUUAAAGAAAAACGAAAGCAACGAUGGGAAGAGAAGUUAGUAAAAAAAUUCAAACAAAGGAAUGUGGACAGAAGUGUGGAAGAAUGUGGAGUAAUUAAUCAAACCCUGAGGAUGGGUAAAAGUCCUGUCUCAACUAUUAGUAUCGCAGUGCCAGGUUCAAUCAUUGAUAAUGCUCAGUCCCCUGAACUCCGUACGUACCUUGCCGGACAAAUUGCACGAGCUGCUUGUAUAUACAAAGUUGAUGAGAUUAUCGUUUUUAAUGACAAGGGUGACGUGCCGGUUAAUGAAGACAAUAUAACAAGGAAGGAUAAUACUCUCGGCGAAGAAGGAAUUGCUUGUUUGCAAUUAGCGAGGAUACUGCAGUAUCUAGAGUGUCCUCAGUAUUUAAGAAAAUACUUUUUUCCAUUGCAUAAGGAUCUUCAGUAUGCUGGAGUACUUAACCCGCUGGAUGCACCGCAUCACUUAAGGCAGCAGGACGUGUCUCUCUUUCGCGAAGGAGUUGUUACGAAUAAGCCCAUUAAAUCUGGAAAAGGCUCUCAGAUUAAUGUUGGGCUCUUCAACCACGUCCAUGUCGACAAAGUCCUAACGCCCGGAUUAAGAGUAACAGUAAAAAUUUCCUUGGAGCAAGAAAAUACCAAAAAGCUUAGCGGCAUAGUGGUAUCACCAAAUAUGCCCAGAUCAGAAACAGGUGUUUACUGGGGAUAUGCAGUUCGUUUGGCAAGAAAUAUCACUGAAAUUUUUACUAAAUGUCCUUACGUAGGAGGAUAUGAUUUAUCUAUAGGUACCUCGGAUAAGGGGUCGUCCAUCGAUGAUAUAUUUCCUAGUAAGUUGAACUACAAUCAUGCUUUGAUUGUCUUUGGAGGUUUAUCGGGAUUAGAAGCAGCUAUCGAGCAGGAUCCUAACUUAAAUAUCAAUGACCCAACUUUAUUGUUCAACGAAUAUUUAAAUACCUGCCCUGGACAAGGAUCCAAAACCAUCAGAACCGAAGAGGCGAUUCUAGUGUCACUAGCAGAACUAAGAAAGAAAUUGGCUCCAAAAUAUUGUCCAUUAAAGAAUCUACAGUUCAGGAAAACUAGUUCCAGUUUUCAUAAUUAGUACGUUCGACUACUUAUUGGUGCCUGGAAAAAACUUUAGUUUCACAAUUUAUCCAUGAAACAGGAUACACGGUUUUGUCAACUUAUUGUUUUAUAAAAUUCCACUUUUACAGGGGAUCCAUUUUAACGUAAUUAUAUUGAUUUUGUUGUUGAUAAUAUCGUUCAAUUUGCGUAUACUGUAUCUAGUUUAGUGAAUUGUAAACAAUGAUGCAUCUGAAUGCAACUGAAUCUGAAUUAUUAUAUUUUUAUUCUUUAAAAUUCUUAAUUUGUGAAAAGAGUAAUUUUCCACUAAGAAUUCUUGCGAAAUAUAGUUAUCUAAAGAUCCACAUUCCACGA